UACAGUGCACCGGCACAUAGGUAAGACAAGAGCUCCGACGGUCGCUCACUCAUCCCGGGAAGAGGGCAGAAGGAUCUGGACGCGCAGAGUCAAACCACCCGGCGCGCCCACACAGCCAGAGCAGAUCCAUAAGGGACAGCUGGAGCAUUACUGACGCGCAGACACAGCGGCGCACCGACCACACUUGGACCUGACAGUGCACCUAUUAAUCGGCAAAACUACCUUCAGCCUCAACAUGGAGCGCACCGUCCCUGAUUUCUCUGGCACCUGGGAGAUGAAGAGUUCUGAAAACUUUGAAGAACUUUUGAAAAAGUUGGGUGUGAACAUGAUGUUGCGUUUAAUUGCCGUGAAGGCAGCCUCCAAGCCGCUGGUGGAGAUCACGCAGGACGGAGAGACGCUGUCCAUUAAAACCUCAACCUCAGUCCGCACCACCCACAUCACUUUUACUGUGGGACAGGAGUUCAACGAGGCCACGGUGGACGGACGUCCCUGCACGAGUUUUCCACGUUGGGAAACCGACAGUAAGAUCAGUUGUGAGCAGACUCUGGCGAAAGGAGAAGGGCCUAAGACGUCCUGGACCCGAGAGAUCACCAAUGACGGCAAACUGAUCCUGACCAUGGGAGCAGAUGAUGUGAUAUGCACCAGAGUCUACGAGCGACAAUGAACAGGAGCACUUCUCACUUUUCUUCCUUCCAGCCAGCCACCCCCCCCUCCUGCAUCACCACCUGCAUCACUACACCCCCUUUGUUAAGGCAGCGCUUGGAGAUUGCAGUCUUCAGUUUUAUUCCAUUAUCUCUGUUAGCCUCACUAUGUUAUAAGUGUGGUAACAUGCAUGUCACAUAUCUACAUGAUGGUCUUAGCUCCUCACUUAUCUGCCUAUCUCUGCAGCUCUAUCAAAAACGUGACCAGCUGGUUUUUAAACAUGAAAAUGUAUGUUGGAUUUGUUGACUGACAGCUCCAUUUAUUUGGCAGUGUGUGUAUGUGUGUGUGUGGGGCAGCAGGAGAGGUGUGAGACUAUAUUUGUAGAUGUGUAAACCAAUCUUUGAGCUCUUCCAGUUUCAGGUCAGUUUUGAUAUGCACCUCCUCUCUGUUCCUUUAGCCAUGCCCCACAAUUUUAACCUUUUCUAUCUCAUGACGACAUUUAUAUUUAUUACUACACUAGGAGUCUGCUACAGAACUGCUAACGUUUUUACUUUGUGUCUCUUUUAUAUAAAAUGUGAUCAUAGGA